AUGAAUAUUUUUGAAAAAUUUAAUCCACCUAUUGAUUACCAUGGACAAGAAUUAUCAAUGAAGCUUUUUUAUGUAUUAAUAUACAUUGGAUAUUUCUUUUCAUUAAUAACUGGUAUAUUGUACAAUGAUUUAAAAUAUACUUUAUUAUUAGGAAUAUUUACUGUAUGCAUUGUUUUCUUUAUUUGUGUGCCAUCUUGGAGAUUUUAUAGAAAAAAUCCAUUAAAGUUUGAAAAGAAGAAUAAUUAA